AUGCGCUUCUGGUUCACGAUCACAAGCAGAAUCUCUGCACUCGUGAUUGGAUACAUGUACAUGUACAAAACACUCGAACAACAUGUAGGCUGCCUACAGUGGGCAUCACGCAUCAGGUUAAGAGAUUCCCAACGCUCUUCACUUCAUAACCGGCUGGUAAACCCACAAGUGCAGUUAUCAUUUUUCAGAUUCUCCUCGAAAAGUCAUGAUGCGAGAAGCUCCCUCCUCCUGGUGGCUAUCACGCUCGUUGCAGGCUGCGUCGGCUUCAUUACCGCCGAGAACUUUGUCCAAACGCAAGGCCAGCCGUCUGCCUUUGAAGUCUCCCAGGGCCGCAACCUCAAGUCUACAGCUGAUACAGAAGAGAGGGCGAUUCCCGUGGACGGCGAAACUAGAGCCGGAGUGGCGGGUAUUGCUGCCAGGGUCAAGGCGCUUUUGGUUAGGAAUCCGACCAAAAUGAGUGAGGCGAAGAACAACGUGCAAGGGGCGAAUGAAGCAAUAAAGAAGGUGAACUCGAUCAUUGGUCCAGGAAAAACUAGGACCGAGCUCACUCCGACUAAGGUGAAACAACUGGAAACAUACGCCCAUAGCAGCUCGGACAAAUGGUGGGCUAUGGCGUACUACACCGCUAAUAUUCUCGGCAUCGGACUCAUGGUUUUUUUUGUGUACGGCACUCUCUUCCUCGGAUGGCGCCCAAUCGGAAUGGGCGGGAACCCGAGGCCCAACAACUGA